AUGCGUUUCCCAACUGUGGACGAAGAGGCGUUCGCCUUGAAGUUUAGGAUUGUACAAGAAAUGCAAAAUAAUGAUUCGCACAAGUACUUUGGCAUGAUUGAGAAGGCCAAGUUGAAGAUGAGUUCUGCCAGAAUCACUGCUCGCUCGGUUUGGAGCCCAUGGAACCUUGGGAGAGUUCAUGGAAGGAUACGUUUCCGAGUUAUAGGUCAAGGCUGUGCUAUGACGAAUAUUCUACAAGCAUCUUGUGCUCGUGGAUUGCCUCCUCGUGUUCUCACAAGCCCCGUUCGUUCUCUGCGUCUAGGGUUGUUCAAGUUCUCUGGGGGGAAGCUAGUCUCUGGGGGGAAACGAGCUGCGGUAGCUUGCCACGCGCAUUCUUCACUCGAUGCGGCAGCUGUUCCUCAAGCUCCAGAGUUUGUGAUUGCCAAUGCCAAUGGCGUCGCUGCUACCACCGGCGCUUCUCAUUCGACUGUUAGCAUCACAAUCGUCGGGGCAUCCGGUGAUCUUGCAAAGAAGAAGAUAUUUCCGGCCCUCUUUGCAUUGUUCUACGACGGCCAUCUUCCCCAGCAUUUUACAGUGUGUGGCUACGCCAGGAGCAAGAUGACCGACGAAGAGUUGCGAUUGAAAAUCAGUGGCAAUCUAACUUGCCGGAUCGAUAGAAGUGAAAACUGUGGAGACAAGAUGGAGGAAUUCUUGAAACGCUGUUUCUAUCACCCUGGCCAAUAUGACUCGCUUGAGAAUUUCGCUCAGCUAAAUGAGAAGCUCAAAGGCCACGAGCAAGGAAGAAUUGCACACCGCUUGUUCUACUUAUCAGUUCCUCCCAAUGUCUUCGUGGACGCAGCAAAGUGUGGCAGUCUCGCUGCCUCAUCGUCAACAGGAUGGACUCGUGUGAUUGUGGAGAAGCCAUUUGGCCGUGAUUCGGAAUCUAGCGCACAGCUAACAAGUGGACUUAAGCAGUACUUGAAUGAAGAUCAAAUAUAUCGCAUCGAUCACUAUCUUGGAAAGGAACUUGUUGAAAAUCUCUCGGUUCUCCGGUUCUCCAAUCUGGUGUUUGAACCUCUGUGGUCGAGAAAAUACAUUCGAAACGUGCAGAUUAUUUUCGCUGAGGACUUUGGUACCGAAGGACGAGGAGGGUACUUUGAUCGCUACGGCAUCAUUCGAGACAUCAUGCAAAACCACUUACUCCAGAUUGUAGCCCUGUUUGCAAUGGAGCCUCCAGUAAGCUUAGAUGCGGAAGACGUGAGAAACGAAAAAGUAAAAGUUGUAAGGUCUAUGAGGCCUCUAAGUAUCGAAGAUACUGCUGUUGGUCAGUACAAAGGUUACUCCAAAGACGGUGUUAGAUUUCCCGGCUACACAGACGAUUCCACCGUGCCCAAGAACAGCAUCACUCCAACGUUUGCAGCGGCAGCUCUCUUCAUAGACAAUGCUCGUUGGGAUGGCGUGCCAUUUCUUAUGAAAGCCGGAAAAGCUUUGCAAACCAGACGGACCGAGAUUCGAGUUCAGUUUAGACACGUCCCUGGAAAUCUUUUCAAGCGGAACCUCGGUACGGAAUUAGACAAAGCCACCAACGAGCUAGUGAUUCGAGUCCAGCCAGACGAAGCCAUUUAUCUCAAGAUCAACAACAAAGUCCCGGGGCUGGGAAUGAGACUCGAUCGAAGCACUCUGGACCUCCUCUACGCAGACAGAUACUCGAAAGAAAUCCCUGAUGCUUACGAGCGAUUGCUGCUGGAUGCCAUCGCUGGAGAGCGCCGUCUCUUCAUCAGGAGCGAUGAACUGGACGCGGCGUGGAAGAUUUUCACUCCUCUUCUUAAAGAUCUCGAGAGAAAGAAGACGGCGCCCGAGUUAUACCCGUACGGAAGCCGGGGUCCCGUGGGAGCUCACUAUCUCGCGGCCAAGCACAACGUGAAGUGGGGCGAUGUUUAGAAAAGCGCUAAUUUUGAAAUAUUCAACUUUGGA